GGUCAAGUGACGUCAGAAAGGAGACAAAGAUGGUGCUCGCCAGCUGAAAGUCAUGCGGUUGUGCUCUCUGUGAGGCAGAGGUUUGUUUUCGAUCAGAGAUGGAAAUGUGAGGGAAAAAAGAUUAAAUCGUUUGUGACAUUGUCAUGCAAUCAGUCGCUUUGUAUGGGAGGCUUGUAGCCCGUGCCAUCGUCGCCGGAAUACACAAUGAAUUUCAGCUUAGACCAGGAGCACGCGACAAACAACCCUUGCAUUUAGUAACUGGCUCCUAUGGGUUUUCCAAGUCCGUUGCCAAGAACUCAGUGCUGAAAAAGUGGACGUUUGGUGACGAUGCGUACUUUAUCGCCAGAAACAAAGUUGCUGAUGUGAUAGGUGUGGCAGAUGGUGUGGGAGGAUGGCGUAAUUAUGGCAUUGAUCCUUCUGCAUUUCCACGACAACUGAUGGCCACAUGUCAGCGUCUUGUGGAGGAGGGGCACUUCAGGCCACAAGCCCCUGCCUCAAUCAUCGCAGCCAGCUAUGAAGAACUUCAGCAACAUAAGGACCCUUUGCUAGGAAGCAGCACAGCAUGUAUAGUCUCUUUACACCGAGAAGAGCGCACUAUCUACACAGCCAAUCUAGGGGACAGUGGGUUUCUAAUUAUUAGAGAUGGAGAAGUAGUCCAUCGCUCCCUGGAGCAGCAGCAUUACUUCAACACUCCUUUCCAGCUGGCUGUUGCCCCUCCCAGUCAGCAAGGUCUUGUGCUUAGUGACAGUCCUGAGGUUGCUGAAAGCUCAUCAUUUGAAGUUGAAGAUGGUGAUGUGAUUAUCCUUGGAACAGAUGGUCUUUUUGACAAUCUCAGUGAGGAUAUGAUUCUCGGCUAUGUUUCUGCACAGCUGAAGGACAAUCGGGAAGAAAGUGUGCAGAAGACUGCCUUAACCAUAGCAGAGAAGGCGUACCAGCUGUCCUUUGAUCCUGACUACAUGUCUCCUUUUGCCCUUUCUGCUGUAGAUGUUGGCAUUCAGCUGUCAGGUGGAAAACCUGAUGACAUCACAUGUGUAAUGGCCCGAGUGACCAACCAAUCAGACAUCUAUAUAUGAAGACGAAACUGUUAUAGUUAUCAUUGUUUGUUAUUACACUGAUGUUUCAUGCUGAUAAAAAAACAUUUCAUGCCCCAGCAGAUAUUCCGAUUCUGCUCUCUUCCUGUGUGUGUGUGUGUGUGCUGUCAUAUGUGAAGUAUGAACAGGUGUGUCUUUUCAUAUCGAUGCAUGAGUGAAUAUUUGAGAUAUAUCUACUUUGGGGAGUGCAUGACAUUAUUUCUGUGAUGUUUAGUUUCAAUGAAUAUAAAAAUGAUGUGCAAUUUGAGGAUGAAAAAACUGUUUUUCUUAGAAACUUAAAUUAAGAUAUAGGGUACAGAUGUCUUCAAGAAACAAAUUUUCAUGUUUAAAUAAUUCCAAAACAGCAGCUUAACAAAUUCAGAUGAGUAAUCUUCAAGCCUCUGUGAUCUUUUGUUCUUUGUUACAAUAUUGUAUGAUGCUACAAUAUUAGCAGUUUCUGAAAAUGUCAACAGCAAACAUCACAGUGUUGUGAUGGUGUGAGUACAUGUGCAAAUGUGCAUAUAUUUUCAUUGAUACAAUUUAAGGUGCACACUUGAAUCAGAAAUUAUUUGCCAGCAUUUGUCAUUUGUGGGGCAAGUAAAGCAUAUUUCCCAUCAGCAGAACUACCUGUGAUCUUUUCAAUGGAAAAAUUUGCAGGAGGUAAAGAACAGUUAGUGGUUUUUCUUUGUUUUGGAUAUAUCCACUGUCUCACUCAAACUGGAAAAAAUAGAUCAAGUUUUUUAAAAUCUUUGGAAAAAAAAAUAGUGCCAAGCUUUCAUUUUUGAUUGCAUUAUUUAUUCUAAUGAAUGCAGUAGUUGGCAUAAUGAGAUUUGUGCGCAGGCAUAACUACAGCUUGUACUACUUGACCUGAUAAUUGUAUGCAUCUGGAGCUUUUAUAUUCUAAAAUAAUGUCUUGCAGCGACAGCUGUAACUGCCAUCAAAUGAAGGUUGCCAGGCUUGUGAGAGUCAGCACAAGUUGAUAAAUGUUAAGUAGCAAAGGCAAGUGCCAUUAAAUGAAUAUUUUUGUAUUGCUGACACACUUGUGCAAAGUCAUUUAGUGACAUUUGAUGUACAUAGUUUACAUUGUAAUGUUAAACUUGAGGUCAUGUGAAGAUUAUUGGAAAGUGAGUGAUGAGGAAGGUGAGAGAAAGUGAAAGAAAAACCUUGUACACCAAAUUAAGGCUGUUCUUGAAAGCUGUGUGGCUGAUCACAAUGUCUGCUAGAGAAUGAGAUUUCUGUGUCAUUUGCCAAGUUCAUUCUAAUGCAAGUUUUCCAAGGAACGGAAGAGACUGAAGAAAGUGUUGCUGUGUUAUUAUUUAGAAGUGUUGUUUAUGAAGAUGGAAGAUGUAUGUUCUUGAAUGGUCUAGAGUGCUUGUAUUGGCUUCCCUUAUUGUUUUGUUUAAUACAGAGUUUUAUUUUGGAUAUUUCGUUGUUAGACCAAUUAAUAGUUUCAGAAGUAUAACUGGAAUAUUUUACUUACAUAGUGUCCCUAAUAUUUAUAAGUUGAGAGUUUUGCAAUGACUUGGAACCUUCACCAGUCUUUUUUCUUCUUUUGUUUUUUGUAGCUUUCAGAACUUUGCAUACUUUCUUGCAUUAAGACAACAAAGCGACAAGGUGUCUACUGCUUAUUAGGUGACGGUUGCUUCUGUGUAUAAAGUGAAAACAGAAUUAUGCAGAAGACGCAGUUUUUAAUGGGCAUGCAUAAGGUUAAUAGAAAAAGAAAGGCUGGCAUGUGGUUGCUCACAUUCUCACAGGCAGUAAUGUGCUACAUUUAUUCACAGCACAUUGUCUUGUUCUGGCCCAUCACAAGGGCUGCAUUUUAAAAUCCUCUGAAGUUUUUGGUUCUAAGCCAACUAAAUUUCAUUAGUAUGGAUAGCUGCAGACUGUACACGUUUGAGCAUGCGACAGAAUGAACUGUCUUAAAACUAGAACAUGUUUACAUAUCUCCUGAUGUGAUCAACUCCUCCUUUGCAAUUAUGUUGUGCUUGCAAAUAUGAGCAACAGAUAGGCUUCAAUGUUUAAAGUAAUUAAAACUAAUUACAACUGUCAAGGUGACUUGUACCUCUUUCUCUGCUCUGCUGUCCGAAUGCAUGUAUCUAUUUAUUAGAGUCAUGCAGAAGAAUUAAACAUUCCAAUUGAGAUAAUUUUCUCUCUCCAGAUUAUAGACAGCAUCACAAAAUUGUUAUCUUGCUUCUUAACAAAGCUAAAUAUUGUCUAAAUUGUAAUCUUGAAGCAGCAUGUUUUAGAUGUGCUUGGAAAAUUUGUAAGCUACAGAAACAUGUGAGACAAUUCCAUUUGUUCAUGAAUCAUUGUGUAUGUCUUGUUUUGCAGUGAUGGGAAAAUACCUUUUAUUUAUGACCUUGUCAGUUGGGUUUGGGUUUUCCUCUGUUGUUUUCUUACAGACCUUCAAUUUUGUCCACAUCUGUUUGGUGCUUGUCUGUUUACAGAAAUAGACACCACCUUUUUCAGACAUUAUUUUUAAAAAUUAAUAAUUACUAGUCAUAACCUAGAUACCUUGAUUUCUUCUAAACAUUGCAUCUACAGCCAUCACUAUAUUCAUCACCAAUCCUAUUUCGUCUUUCUAAAGCAUCGGCUGGCUUUUCCCUGUUUUUUUUUUUUACUCGUCAUAUCAUGUAAACAACAUGUAAAAUAAUCAAUUUGUUAUUGCUGUCUCCAGUGCUUAUUACAUAAUGCUCAUUAUAAGCUUGUUUGGAUAUGUAUAAUCAAGUCGCUGAUGUGGUAGAGGUUUGAGAUAUCCAGUGAGAUGGCUUGAAUUUGUCCUUUCACUUGUCAGGUACCAUGAAAUACUGUGAAAAAGCACAAAAGUAUACAAAGCAUAAUAUGUUGUAGUAUCGUAAAAUGUCACUGACACAAAAAUGAACUCUGAUGAAGCCAGACACUCAUAGUAGGUGCCCCCCGAGUUGCUGUAAAUGAGUGUCUGUCUACCUAAGGAGGCACUCACGAGUAUAGAUCACUGAACAUUAUCAGGAAGACAAAAAGAUGCCAGUGAUUGAUUUGUAUGAUACAAAUGAAAACUUUUUUUUUUCUUAUAAUGACACUGAUGAAAAAAAGAAAGUUUUGGUUAGAUCUUGAUGUAAAAUUGGGAUUGAGCUAAAAUUUUUUUUUUUUUGCGAAACCAAAUAGUUGUUGGGUAUAGUUGAAAUUUCUCACCUUGAAAUAAUUUUUGGUGAAAAGUAGCGAAAGGAAAGUGUAGAACUAUCACCAGAUUCCAUGGUAAUGGUACCGGCAACACCAGUAAGGACCAGAUGUAUUUGAUGAUGCUACUGGCAACAUAGGUAAGAAUCUAAUCAGAAAGUUGCAGCCAUUCCAUAAUGUUGAAACUUUAAAUAUUAAAAAAAUAUUAAUCACAGCUUUGUGCAGAGUUUUCUUUAAUAUUAAAAACAUAGAGCUUUGCUAAGUUGAAUUUUCUAGUGGCUUUUUUAAAAAUGAGAUGAGGACUUGAACACAUAUUUUUUUUUUUUCUCACAAGGUGUCAGUGCGAGGUUAUUUAGGCGCUGAAGAAAUCAUACAGCAGGCCUUUGUUUUAAAUUCUAUGCUUUAAGAAGUUUUUAAAUUUUUCAUUCCCGUUUCUUAUUUGUCCAUACUUAUUUUUGUACCCUUUAUAAGCAGAAAUCCGAGCUUUGUCAGGGACACGCUGUGAUGAAUUAGCAUAGAUAUUGCGGACUGUUUUACCUUUGAGAAUUGCUCAUUGUCUGGAAGCUCAUUGUGAGGGGAGUGAUAUCUUUCAUUCCCGUUUCUUUGCUGCCAGUUUCAUACCUUAAGCCCCACAAUCUAGAAACACUCCUUGCCUUUUAACAGCUGCACUUGUCCUUUGCCUUUGUUUGUGGCUGUUCUCAUUUUACAUAUCUGUAGUUUAGUGUGAAGAUGAUUUGUGGAGCCAUGGCCAUGUCAGAGAUGAAGAGGUCAUCGAAAAAAAGAGCUGCUUGUAGAAGCAGUUGAAUCAUUUUUAAAUUUUUGUUGACUCUGAACAGUUGUAAAUUUGAUGUUUUUAUUCUCUUUUUCAAAACUUAGAACACUCUGUAAGCAUGAUAUUAUUUAAUGUAUUUCAGUGGGUAGAAGCAAUAGAGUAGAAAGUGGUUGGUUUGACGCUGUAACAGUAGUGCUUGUAUUUGUAUUUUUAAAGAAAGCUAGAUACUGGAUGGAAUUUAUCUCAACCGUCCUGUUGUCUUCAUUUUUCAGUUUUUGCUAGGUAGGACAAGCAAAUAAAACUGUACAGUAGUUUUGGAAGGUGACCGAGAACUUGCCAGUUGUAUUAGGCUUUUGGACACUUUUAUAUCAUUAAUAGACUAGAUUUUUAUUAUAUAGAAAUAUAUAUAUAACAAUUUGAGUUCUCCUUUUGUUCUGUAAUAGCAGAAGGUUCCACUGAAGGUAAAAAUGCCACACGUAGUAAGAAGAUGCAGUUAAUAAAAGCGAAAUACUUCAUGGUUAUUCUUGCCAGUUUGCCAGCCUGCCCUCAUGUAAUUUUGAAUGGAGGGCUACCAUGUUUGUCAAAUUUCAGUGGAUACCUGGCCUUUUCUGAUUUGCAGUGAAUCUUGUCUGCAAUGAUAGUUGUAUUAGUAGCAGCGCGGACUUGUGUCACUUCUGUGAUGUACGUCCGUGGUAGCAGCGUUUUGACACUUGUGGCAUGCAUCCUAGAAGAUGUAGUGGUGUGGUACGUUAAUAGGGCGGUUAAUCGGUGAUUUCACAGUGUUGUCAAGUGUGUAUGUACGUAUGUGGGAGUGUUUAAUGAUCACCAAAGAAGAGUAAACAAUUUUAUGCAACUAA